AUGAAUGACAACAUUUCGUUUCAGGGUAUGAACGCGACACAUCCGAUCCAUUGCGGGUAUACUCACGAGUACAUGGCAGAUUAUCUCACUAUAACAAACCUGGCUUCUGCUUGGUCGACCAGCUAUGACAUGAAGAACUGGCCUCUGCUGCGGACCUGUCUCGCUCCGUCUUCCCGCCUCGACUUCCGCAGCCUGCAGGGCGCGCUGCACGAGAAUCUCUCUCCCGAUGAGUACGUAGCCAUUCUCGAAAAGACGAUUGGCGAUGCGCGACUCAAGACGCAGCAUUUGAUGGGCGCGACAACGUGGACGUAUCUGGUCUCUGGGUCUGUCGAAGUGAUCCAUCAGCUGCGCGUCGCUCACCAGCGCUACACGGACGAGACACUGGGAACGGUGGCCAAUAAAGGACACGCACAUGGAUAUGUAGUCCACAAGUACAGCAAGUUCCACGGAGAAUGGAAAAUAGAAGAGGUGCAGCCCAAGUUGGAAUGGACCGAGUAUGACUUGUAUGGAACACUAAGCCCGCCGGAGACGGCUUGA